AUGAAGCUCACCACCUUCUCUCUCCUUUCCACCUUCUUCCUCUCCGCGCUCGCCAUUGAGCAAACACCGCCAACCGGGCCGGUCGACGCCGACAUCGUAGUCAUCGACAACGCGCCAGCCGCUCCCAGUGCCUCUGCCUCGCUCUCCAAGCGCCAAGCCCCCGAGACCGUCAUCCUCUCCAACUGCGACCCAGCCGGCACCUAUGGCUCUUACUUCUACUACUACAAGGCCGGCCACGACGCCAAUGGCGGCUACGAUGAUGCCUGUGGUGUGCAAGGCGGCAGCUUCGUCACCUGGGAGGGCCGCUCAAUCAGCUGCAGGUUCAACAGCGGUGUGACUUUCACGAGCAGCAUUGUGCAGAAUGCACAGAGUCAGGCUGACUUCACCAUUGCGGGUUCGGGGUCCAACGGAUUCCGCAGCUUUACGUGCCGCAAGGAUAAUAAGAGGGUGCACUUCUCCGGCAGUGGGUUUUCUUGCCGUAGCAUCUACUACUGCCAGUAA